AUGGCCAACCAGGAAGACGGGGGCAAUGCCGUCUUCUUCAGCUCUAGCAAAUAUCAGCUUGGUCGGAUGAAAUCCACCUUGCUGACAAGUGAGCCGCAACCACCCAGCCGUCAGCAUCGCUCGCGUCUACGACAAAUGAGAAGCCGCCUCUCGUGGCACGGUAGCUUUUUCAGCCCGGCAGUCACUUCACCAUUGCCGCCGCUCCCCGAUGAUCGGCAAUAUGCCGCUCAAGACGCACGUCCUGGUGUGGCCAGUAGAGGAAAAUCGCAGCAAGAAAACCACGCGGCGGCCCGGCUGGAUGGUUCCUGCUCUUCUCCUUUCACCACAAACAAACCAAAACUCAGAAUUGACACCAACUUAUCUGCCAAACAAUCGCAGAGACCUGCGUUCAGCACUGUGACCACUCACCAGGCUGAAGUCGUCAACCACCAGACAUCAGUACCUGCCAAGCCAGAGGUUUUUGGUUUGCGACGCUUGCUUCGACGUCCCACACAAGCACCCAUGCCAAGGUUUUCCGCCACAUCCACUGCUGAAGAAGAGUAUCGAGCGCUUGACAACUGCAUCGAAGAGGUAGCCGAAACAACCCAAGUUUCGCAGCCAAACCCAGCCCAUCAUCGUCUUGGAACCAUGCAGAACCAUCAGCCUCUAGUCGGAAAUUGGGACACCUCCACCGCGAUGCAUCCACCAAACCCGCCCCCACCACUGAGGAAGAAGUCGAGUAUGAUAGAUCGCUUGAGAGUUCUUCGCCCCAGGCCAUCAGUUCAAGCAUUGGACUCUCAGAACCUUGAACAUUCAUCUGGAAAUGUCGCCCCGUAUGUCCCAAAGCACGCCGCAUCGGACUUUUCACGCAUUCGUGUAAACCUACGAAGUCGCGAAAGCACAACGCUGGGUGGAUCACUCAGCAGCAGAAGCACAAGGGAGAUGGAUGGUAGGCAAGCACUACUGGCCGACGCCCCAACAAAGCUCUGGUCCAUCGCCGACCAGGCCAUCGAGGACGAACCAGCAAGGGUUUUUCGUCGCAGGAAUACUGCCUAUCCAUAUGAUCAACCUGACGCGAUUGAUCAUAGCCCAAGCGACCAACACACUCGCCCAUCCACUCCAGAUUUACAAGUCAGGUCAGGUGACUCCCCGAGCCCAGCUUCUACCGAGUACUCCUUGUGUCGAUAUGAUUCAGGUGUCGUGUCGCCCCUCUCCGCCAUGUCGCCAAGAGACUCGCAGCGAUACACAACACUCGACGACGCCAUUCAUUCCUCUCCGUUGCCAUCCCGGUCAAAAAAUAGCCUUGCGUGUAAAACAAACGCACCAAACGACCAACAAGCCGCCGCAAUAGAGACACCCACCAAGCUGUCCCGCGCCAUAAUAUCGACUCCCACCACUAGCCCAGAGGAGAAAUUCUCCAGUGACUAUGAGCUCUUUCUAGAGAAUGCUGCGCAGAAGCAUCAGCGACAGCAGGAGCAACUGUGGCACAGGCUAGCCACUCCUGACGGACAAGUCGUGUAUACGACCAAUACGGCCCUCAACGAGGAUGACCCAAGAUGGAAACGGUCUGCGGUAGCUCAGCCUACCGCGCAGAUCCAGCAUCCGCAACGCUACGGCGGAGGUGGCAAGGACGGAUUCAGUCUGGGUGGCAGCAGUAACAACGUGUUCGGGCAGAAGGAGAAGACAGUGGAGAACAGACGUGGUGGGCGUGGGCUGGGCAAGAGAAUCUCCCAGUAUCUGCGGCCGACGAGGGAGAGCAAUGUCUGGGACGAGAAGGUAUUGAGACUCAACAGUCGGGAUGUGUGA